AUGGCCAACCACGAAUCGCGAGGCGAGUCGUCGCGUUCUCUAGAGAGCUCAUUCACUGAAAAUGAGUCGUCCUUUUACGCCCCAAUUGUUCAAACGGACGAUGAUGCGUCAUUCAGAGAAACAUUCCAGAGGCCCAGGCCAGGCCGUGGUUAUGGAUCGAUCACACAGUCUUCCGGACGAGCAAAUCUGACGGAAGAUGAAUCUCUCCGUUCUCAAUCUGGUCGACUUCAAGCUCCCCAGUCUCCCAAUAUCGGACCUCAAAUCGAGCGGUCGAGAAAGCCGUCUACGCUACGCCGAAUGUCUUCGAAGCCGUACCGAGGUCAAGAGUUCUCUGUCGAUGACGAUGCGCAUGAAGUUGAGCAGGACAAUGCCUUGCAACAAGUACAACAUCAGACGAGCACCCCGGCACAGCCGUCGCCGAGAAUCCUUCCCAUACCAACGAAGAAUUCGACACUGAGGAGGAGAACGAAUACAUCGGCUCCUAAAGACAGCUGGCAGAAUGACGACGACGACCUAACACUACCCGAAGCGGGACCCAGCAACUCUGGAGAGACCGAUUCGGAAGAUACGAAUGCAGAUGACAAUGAUGAUGCCGACGACCUCAGCGAUGCGGAGAGCUUUACGUUGAGAGACCGUCAAGCAGCUAUCAAUGAGACCCAUCCAUUCGGUAUCAGGAUUUGGAAACCUGCCUUGUACAAAAAGAAUCGUUCUGUUGAAAAGACCGCUGAAGGGGACAUCCACUCAUCGCCCGGCGGCCGCGUGAGUAAUUUGUUAUUUAUGGUCAACUUGAUGUGGUCAUUCAUAUUCGGAUGGUGGCUUGCUGCAGCCGCUCUGGUCGGUGGUAUAGCUUGUUAUUUGUGUAUUUUCUCGCCUCAUGCUAGAGAGUAUGGAAACGUCUUCUUCGGUCUAUCUCGUUAUAUGCUUUAUCCAUUUGGGUCAUUCGUUCGACUCGAAACUGAUGAACACUACGUCGACGAGGAUGAAGGCGAGGGGCGCAGUAUCAGUGAAUAUGAGCAGUGGCAGAGCGGAGAUCUCGAACAUGGACGGCUGUUUUUCGGUCCUACCAGCAACCGAUCUCUUGUCGGUCGACGACGAAGCAGCAUUGAGUCGGGGUACAGUGAACAUGAUAGUCUCCUCGGACGCACUGGCAGAGGUGGUCGCCUCGGAACGAAUGCUUCCAGGCCGAAACGAAGACUGUUUGGCCGUGGCGAAUGGAGCCUGGCCAGAGUUGUCUUCUUUGCAUUCUUCUAUUUUCUUACAGGCCCACUGAUGCUUUUGGUGUCCUUGGUUUGUUGGUUGCUUGUUUUCUUGAUACCCAUGGGUCGUGUGAUGAACAUUCUUGUAGAUCAUCUUCGUCGUCAUCCUCUUGCGUUGUCCUUUCACUCCGAUGGCACAUACACCCGAAUGCCAUCCGGUCCCUCUUCAUCAAUUCUUUUGUGUACUUACCGAGCGGCCGGCCUGCGUUACUGGAAGUACACUAUCGACGGAACUAACAUAUUUCUUUUCAACCUCAUGAGCAUUGUUGUCUUUGUCAUUUUCGACUACUGGGUGCUGGAUGUGACUUUCGGAUUAGAAUCGUGGUUGACGCAUCCGGGACUUGUUUUCCUUCUGUCCUUAUUGUCAAUUAUCCCUCUGGCAUACUUCAUCGGCCAAGCAGUGGCCUCCAUUUCUGCCCAAUCUUCGAUGGGACUAGGUGCUGCUAUCAACGCUUUUUUCUCAACGGUAGUAGAGGUCUUCCUCUAUUGUGUUGCUCUCGGACAGGGCAAGGCGCAGUUGGUCGAAGGAAGUUUGAUUGGCAGUAUCUUUGCUGGUAUUCUAUUCCUUCCGGGGUUAUCAAUGUGUUUUGGUGCGAUUAGACGAAAAACCCAGAGAUUCAACGUGAAGUCUGCAGGUGUGACAUCGACCAUGUUGUUGUUCGCGGUGAUUGCUGCAUUUGGACCAACUUUGUUCUAUCAAGUAUACGGUAGCCACGAGCUUAACUGUCGAUCAUGCGCCAAUUUGAUGGAUGAACGAGACUGCCGUCGUUGUUAUUUCUCACAAGGUCCUGCUGUAAAUGAUGACUUCUUCCGCAAAGCCGUACAACCAUUCUGCUGGAUCGCGGCCUUUUUCCUCUUUUUGGCAUAUGUUAUUGGACUCUGGUUCACCCUCCGAACCCAUGCUGCUGUCAUAUGGGCAACUGAUGGAGACGAAAAGAAAGCUGCUCCGGGCGCCGAAGUCUCUAUGCACGACUCGCGACAUGCUCAGAUCGUAAAUGGGCUUUCCGGCUUAGGAGAUGUUCAAACCAACAGCAUUCGAGAGACUCAGUUAUACAAACGUAUUUUAGGACACUCGCUGCAACAGAUUGGACUUCCACAUGAGAAUUUUGACUCAGGGUCCGAUGGAAUACCACCGCAUUUGGAUCCAGGUCUAUCGAAGUCUCCUGAAGAUCAACACGGGCUACACCUUCGGGGACUUACAGAGGAAGAUAACGAAAGUCUCGCGCGUCAAGUAGCUGAAGUGGCAGCGACUGCUGCAACAGUUGCUGCGCGCGAUUCUACCCGGAAUCACCAUCGCAGAACUUCUGCGAACCCACAAAGUACAGGACGGGCGCAGGAACCUAAAGCUACAAGCCAGCCGACACAUAUUACUGAGGAGCACGAGUUUACUGGUGUGCCAGUAGAGGCACAUGCCGGUGGAGGUCAUGAUGCGCCAAACUGGAGCAAAACGAAGAGUGCGAUUAUACUUCUUGGAGCAACACUUCUGUACGCUGUCAUCGCUGAGAUUCUCGUGGACACCGUGGAUGUCGUUUUAGAAAGCGUGGACAUAGAUGAAAAGUUUCUGGGUAUCACAUUGUUUGCCUUGGUGCCGAAUACAACCGAGUUUCUGAACGCCAUUUCAUUUGCUAUGAAUGGAAACAUUGCUCUUUCCAUGGAGAUCGGUUCCGCAUACGCACUUCAAGUCUGCUUACUCCAAAUUCCAGCACUCGUAUUAUACAGUGCCGUGAAUGCACGAUUCAUUGACCCGGCUGACCUGAUCAGCCACUCAUUCAACCUCAUCUUCCCGCAAUGGGACAUGAUAACUGUAAUUCUCUGCGUCUUCCUCCUUUCCUACGUCUAUGGCGAAGGAAAGAGUAACUACUUCAAAGGGUCAAUCCUGGUCCUGACCUACCUCGUCGUCAUAAUUGGCUUCUACCUAUCCGGCUAUAAUGACCUUGAGACCCUCGGCAUCGACCGCUUUGAUACACUGGCACUCGGCUCCUCGUCAUCGUCUUACUCGGCUGCUGCCGGCGGCAAGUUUUACACCGUUGGACAAGGUAGAAGUGGUAUUGCUUUUGCUGCAGCGGAAUUGUAG